UAUGUCAUAAAAAUGGCGUAUCGAUUAGCGUCACUAUAAAGCAUUCCGUCGUAGAGGAUAUGCGCGAAACGGAUAAGUUUUCGUUUGAUUUGACAACUAUAUAUAGAUAAGAAACAAAUGUAAAUAAAAUAGUGAAUCAAAGGUUACGUUAUAAUAAAUAAUUGUUAUUAUGGAUAAAAGGAAUAACAAUCAUAUUUCUUCGAGGCAUAAGAGACGAUUAGCACAAGAAGAAACAGAAAAAGAUUUAUUACUGCUUACAGAAUCGUCAAGCAGUGGUACGACUUGUUUUCGAUCUGAAAGUGAUCGACCACCAAUUUCAACAUUACCUUUCCUUCAAGAACACAUCAAUCAGCAUUUGCCAAACUUGAAUGAAAAACAAGAAUUUUUGUCAGAUAAAGGACAUAAUAACUCGUCACAAAUGAUUACAGACGGCGAAGAUUUUAUUGAUUUUAGUGAAGAACAAGAAAAAAUGAAACCAUUAUUGUUUGACUCUGAUGACUCGAGUGACGAUGAUGCAGACGAUGUUGAAUCUAUUAACGAUGAAAAUGAUGGGAUGGAUGAAAACGAAUUGUUGCGCAAUCUUCGAAAUUGGUCUUUUNAGUUUAAAAUUAGGCAUAAUGCAAUUAAUGCCCUUAUGGAAAUUCUAAAACAUGCUCCAUAUUCACAAUUCAAAACUUUGCCGAACGACGCAAGGACGCUUUUGAAAACACCUAAGAAAACUGCUGAAAUAGUUGCAUUAUCUCGAGGAUCGUAUUAUCACUUUGGUGUAUCGAACACUUUGGAAGUACUUUUGCUACACUAUAAAAGUAUAUCUUUAAAGGUAUCUGAAAUUAAUNUACUUAUUAACAUAGAUGGUCUGCCAUUAUCCAGAUCAUCUCCAAGUUGUUUCUGGCCAAUAUUACUUUCAGACGAUAUUUUAAAUCAAGUGCACAUAGUCGGGCUGUUUUAUGGUCAAAAUAAACCACAAAAUGCCAAUGAAUUCUUACAGCAAUUUGUGGAAGAAUUANUACCAUUAGUACAGAAAGGAUAUCAUUCUGAGCUAUUUAACUGUGAUAUUACAGUUAAUGUUAAGGCCAUUAUUUGUGAUGCUCCAGCAAAAUCUUUUAUUUUAAAUAUUAAAGGACAUAAUGGCUACUCGAGCUGUACUAAAUGUACUAUUUAUGGAGAGUAUGUUAACUCCAAAAUGUGNUUCCCUUAUGAAAAAAGAUCAAGUGCACUUAGAACUGACGAAGAGUUUGUACGUCAAACAGACUCUGAUUAUCAUCAAGGAGAACCUACAAUUUUGCUCUCUGUGCCUAAUUUAGGAUUAGUGUCGAAUAUUGCUCUUGACUAUAUGCACUUGAUUUGUUUAGGCGUUGUAAAAAAAAUGAUAUUGUUGUGGAUGAGUGGACCAUUAGCUGUUCGCAUUAGUGCUCAAGUAAAAGAAAAUAUUUCACAAGCACUUAUUAAUUUAAGAAGUGCUGUGCCCAAAGAAUUUUCAAGGCGACCUCGAAGUCUAAACGAAGUAGUAUAUUGGAAAGCCACAGAAUUUCGGCAAUUUUUACUUUAUACUGGUCCUAUUGUUUUAAAAACAUUUUUAAAUAAAGACAUAUAUACACACUUUUUGACUUUGCAUGUAGCUACAUCAAUACUCAUCAGUCCAAUGUUAAUAAAAAACCACUGCAGCAAGUUAUACGACGAUACACAGAAAGAAAGCAAAAUUGGUAUGACAGCAUGA